AUGGGGGUCAAUGAACUCGUCCAGACCGUCAGGUCUACCAUCGCUACUGUCAGAGCAGGCGAUGUGGACGAGCAUGAACGCAAAGUGCUGCUGCAGGCUUGCGAUGAUUUGAGGAGUACUUAUGAAACGCCAUUGGAGACCUCCUUCAGGGUCCUAUUUUCUAGCCAUCAAGCAAUGGCCCUUCGCUUGGGUGUUGACAUGAAGCUAUUCGACGCUAUUGCCAAAAGGUCAUCUCGAGGUGAUGGCAGCCAUUUCAACGUGCAGCAACUCGCAGAUGAUACAGGAGCCGAUCCUGCUCUAGUCGCACGUAUCAUCAGACUUCUAGCUGCCAUGGGUGUGCUCAAGGAGGUGGACGCUGGACUGUUCAGCUCGACCCCUCUGGCAACAGCCUACGUAUUGCCUGAUUAUUUCAAGGAGAAAGGCUGGAAAAACCCUGCUGAUAUUGAUGAUGGCCCAUUUCAAUUCGCCAUGAACACCAAGUCACGAUACUUUGACUUUUUGUCAACCGCACCAUACUACCAAGAAGCAUUCAACAAAACCAUGACGCUUUCCGUUCGCUGGCGCGGCCAAAGUUGGUUUGAGUUCUUCCCAGUUGAACAGAAAUUGCGGGUGCAACGGCCAUCUGAUGCCCUCCUGGUCGACGUAGGCGGUGGCCAGGACAGAGACCUUGUCUUAUUAAAAGAAAGAUUUCCCACGCUCCCGGGAAGGCUUGUCCUACAAGAUCUGCCCAAUGUCGUCAAAGGUGCCAGAGAUCUACAUCCUGGGAUCGACGUCCAAGAGCAUGAUUUUCUGCGAGAUCAACCUGUCAAGGGCGCAAGGGCAUACUACUUACGCGCGGUACUGCACGACUGGCCAGAAAAGCAAGUCGUGCAGAUAUUGGCCAAAAUCCGUGAAGCUAUGGCCCAGGACUCGCUCUUGCUUAUUGACGAGAAUCUAAUGCCUGAAAGCAAUGUGCCCUUGCUGCCUGCGAUGGUCGACCUCAGCAUGAUGGUCUCGUUCGCAGCCGCAGAACGGACAAAGACGCAAUUCGAAUCAUUGCUAAACGAAGCUGGGUUUGAAUUAGUCAAGGCUUGGAUGCCGCCCGGAGCUGUCACAGAGCAAACAACGUUAUUGGAGGCUAGAGUCAGGCUAGAGGCUUGA